AUGAUCAUCCUUCAUGUCAAUCGAGAAUGUCUUGGCGAACAUGUUGACUGCCGCCUUACUCAUUCUGUAGGCAAGACCCUCGAAGAGUCCGGAGCCCGUAUCAUUUUCAGUAAUCGAUCCGAGUCCCGAGGAGAUGGUGACAACGGCGGCGCGAGAGACAGAGAGUUGAUCUCCGGAUACUUUCGACGCGGCUUUCUUGAGAAGUGGCAGGAAUUUCUGACUGAGAACGACGACGCUGGUGGUGUUGACGUCGAGCUGCUCGGUGAUCUUGGCACGAGUUCCACCUGGCCAUCGGCACACAUUGGAAUUCUAGAAGAGCAAAUCAAAAGAGCAGUGAAGAAGCCUGAAGAGGUUACCAGAAAGAAUUUGAAAAUGGUGUCUGAGAAAACACAUCCACUACUUCUGAACACUGGAACGCAAGACUAUGCUUACGAGUUUGUCGUGAUCGAAGCAACCGACAAAAACUACGAGUUCUUCUUCGAUGACUUCGGACACCACAACCAUUGCGUGUACAACAGAGGGGACUACGGUUUCGACACGGUUAUCGGUCGUAUACUUCUCAACUCAACGGAUCGAGAUUUUACGGUUGCGGAGAAAAUAUUUCGACGGGGAAAACAGGCUGAAAAGUUGAACGAGAUGAUUCAAUCGGAAAUGAGCAAAAUCUAUGCAGCCAAGACUCUCCCACUGAUUGUUGACACUUUGAAAAAGAAAAUUUGA